CCUCGUCUUAACUCACCUCACCGACGAGAACCGCGACAACCUACUGGCCGCCGCCCAAUUGCCCGCUUCCUCGCUCCUUUAAGCCGGACCGACGCUCUUUUCUGCGCCCGAGCUUUGAAAAGAAGCCAAAAACGCUAAAGGAAUAAAAAAAUGGGGGCGACGAAGCCGGAGAAGGAGAAAAAGGACAAGAAGGAGAAGAAGGAGAAGAAGCGCAGCGAGGUGGACGGCGUAGCGAAGCCCAAGAAGGAGAAGAAGGAGAAGAAAGAAAAGAAGGAGAAGCUCAAGAACGCCGUCAGCGCCGCCGGCUCCCUCGACGAAGAUACGAAAGCCGCCCCGACGGUCACCCUCGUCAGGCGCGGCAACAACGACGACAGCGAUAGCGGCAGCGGCAACAAGGACGGUCUGGUCCCCGUGGUCGGCGCCCUGGUGCCCUUCGCGCGGCCGCUCGCGGACGAGAAGGCCACCAAGAAGAUCAUGAAGACGGUGCGGAAAGCCGCCAAGCACAAGACUCUCAAGCGCGGCGUCAAGGAAGUCGUGAAAUCGCUACGCAAAUCCUCGUCCGCGGCCGCGGCCUCGUCCUCGCCUGCCUUCCCGGGCGUCGUCGUGCUCGCGGGCGACAUCAGCCCCAUGGACGUGAUCAGCCACAUCCCCGUGCUGUGCGAGGACGUCGGCGCGCCGUACGUCUUCGUGCACUCGCGCGCUGAGCUCGGCGCCGCCGGCAGCACCAAGCGCCCCACCAGCGUCGUCAUGGUCGUCGAGCGCGCCAAGCCCCAGCCCGCCGGCAAGAAGGACGACGCCGCUGCUGCCGCCGACGACGGCCAGGACUUCGCCGACGCCUACAGGGACCUCGUCAAGCUCGUCGAGAAGGAGAGCAAGCAGCUCCGCUUCACGUAGUGCGCUAGCCCCCCCGCCGGGAGGCUCCGCCGAGGCCUGUUGCUCCUCGGAGCCGUCGACGCGGGCGCUCCCGCGCCGCGAGACAAUCCUAAUGCCGCGGCUAUGUGCUGGCGUGGCUGCUGCCGCUCUGACCCGCGAUGUUGGGUAGACGGCGUCUCUCCGCUGCCGGGGUCGCUAAGCGGGAAGCAAAGCCUCCUCCCCAAACGCGCACACCGUGUCCCGGGUAGAUACUCGUUCCGCUGUCCUCUUUAUUACCGCAUUCUCGAGGCUUUUAUCGAUGCACUACUGACUACUACCGCUACUACUGCACGCACGCAUUCUCUUUGGCUAGCUUAUGCAGGCGCGGCCGU